CUUUGAUUUGGCCUCGGGAAAGUGCACAGGACGAUACAUGGAGCUCCAAACGUCCAGCCCCAUCUGCCACUUCUCUGAUAUAUGUGGGGCGCAGCGGGCAUGCACACAGGGGGGAGGUAGCUUUUCUGCAGAUACACGGAUUUAAACCCUUUUAUCUGUUUAGAAAACCAAAAUACAGUUUUAAACAGAAAUCCACAAUGGAGUCGGAGGAGCUCAAGAUAUCGGUGUGGGUCUACCGAGAAGAAAAACUCGUCCUUGGUUUGUCAAAACGCACAACCUGUGCUGAUGUUGUCAAAGUGCUUCUGGAAGACCAAAACUCUAAGCACAGCUUUUCCACGGCACAGUCUUAUUGCAUCGUGGAGAAAUGGAGAGGCUUCGAGAGGAUUUUGCCGAAGAAAACAAAGAUUUUGCGGCUUUGGGUCGCGUGGGGAGAAGAGCAGACAAACGUGAAGUUUGUGCUGGUGAAAAGUGAAGCGUCUCUGGCGAACCACGGAGCACGGAGCGCAGAGGCGCGUGUGGUGCUCAGUAAACAGAGCCCCUGUAUUUCCAAAGGCGCAGUACGGUCUUCCGAGGCGGACAUCUCACCAGAAAAACAGCGUCGGAUUGUGAGGAAAGCUUUCAGAAAGUUGGAGAAGAUCAAUAGGAAGAGGGCGCAGGCGGCGCACAGACACGCGUCCUCUGCCGAGAAGAUGGAAACUUUGGUUCAUCUUGUGGUUUCUCGUGACCAUACAAUCCGCCAGCAGAUCGAGAGGAUUACAGAGUUGGACGCAGAGAUCGAAAGGUACGAGGCAAAAGUGCAUUUUGACAGAAUUAAAAGGCACGGGAUUAAUUAUGUUCAGGACACGUAUUUGGUGGAUGCCACUGCUGCUUCCAACCGAGAGGCAGACCAACUGUGUUCAACAGAAACUCUUGCCAAGUUUGAAGAGUAUGUCCAGCAGUGUGAGGAGGUGAUUAGACUACAAGAGGAGCUGUGGGAGCAGGAAGCUCUUAUAGACAUCAUCACAAUGCAGCUCCAAGAGGAGCUGAACCACCGCUGGAUGCAGCGGAGGAAAGAGGAGCUGCAGAGCAGAGAGACGGAGCCUUCCAGCAUCCAGGCAGAAACAUCAGAAAACGAGCUGCUUAUAGAAGAAGAAAGGCUCAAAACGCAGCUAAAUGUGAGUUUAUACAUCGGUCUGCGCCUCGACACGGAUUUAGAAGCUAUUAACAGCGAUUUAGAGCUGAGCCAAGAGAUUUGCGUGGCGAGGGAGAAGGAGAUGAGAGAUUUGCUGGAGAAAUUGAACACUAUGGACAUGGAGGAGGGGACAGCCCUUGGGGAGACAUGUUGUCAGGGCACGGAUAAUAAAACAAGGAUGUUGAGCAGUUUGGAGGGGAAAUGCGAGUGGGUGGAGCAGGCCAGAGGUCUGUCAAAAGCUCACAGUGUGAACGACGACGACUCAGACACUGGCUUAAGCUCUAUGCACAGUCAGGACUCAGACAAUCAUCCUGUGUGGGAGUCACUGGUUUAGGAUUUUACCAGUACGGUCGCUUAUCUGACUGUUCGUUCCCCACUUAGAAAAAAAUGGACUUCUACAGUCUCAGGGAUCCUAGUUACUCUGAAGUACAUGAAAAUUCACUAAUAUUUUCACACAAGUGGUAGUGAAUUUCUCUUACACCAUUUCUUUUAUUCUUUGCAUGGGGUCCAUAAUAAUGUCCAUAUAUUCCAUGAUAUUUUUAACUUUUUGAUGGGGUAAUAAAUGAUUCUCAUG